CACUGAAUGGAGCAGGUGUUUUCAGGGAUGUUGACUGUGUUGUAGUUCUCAGUUCAGUCCAUAGGUGGUGCAUGUGUGAUGAGGUGACGUGGGCCGUGGAGGAUGUUCACCGUCGACUCAGUGAACCACAGCUUUAUUAUCACGAAAAACCUCAGUCCGAGUCUUUCCAUUUUCUUUACGGAGAAAAAGUCGACUUUCAGUGGACACGCCCCUAAAACCUUGGACGUGGAAGUCUGCGUCUCUGAUUGGCUGCGUCGCCCCGGCUGACAACACCUGCUUAGCUCCUUCAUCCAAAUUGACACCCGGGGCAGUGGGAAAUAUAGACAGCAUCUCCUCCAGAGGCUGCACUCAGUCCGACGGAGAGAAGCUGCGGAUGCGCUGAUCCAGGCUGAACACACACACUGGCACACACACACUGACACACACUCUCUCUCUCUCUCUCCCUCUCUCUCUCUGUGCCUCACACACACUGACACACACAGUCACAGAGCCACUCACACACACUCCGUGGGAUCCUUGCAGCAAACCCGAAGCCACUGUGUGGAGACGCGAUGUUGCAGAAGGCGGCGGUGGCGGUGCUGGUUCUGUCGGUGCUGCAGAGCGCGGCCGUGGACUCGGAGAACACGGAGAGCUACGACGUUCCGCCGGAGAAGCCCGUGGGCCAGAAAGGACGUCUGUCCCUGCAGAAACCAGGUGAGAUCCAGAACUGCCUGGUCGGGGCAGGUGAUGUCGGCUGUGGUGUGUUCGAGUGCUUCGAGAACAACUCCUGUGAAAUCCGAGGGUUACAGGAAAUCUGCAUGACAUUCCUGCACAACGCUGGCAAAUUUGACUCUCAGGUAUAAACUCUUCUGUUUGUCUGUCGGAAAAAAUGUGUGUCCAUCAAAGAGAUGGUGUUCCAGCUCCAGAGAGAAUGUUACGUCAAACACAACCUGUGUUCUGCUGCCAAGGACAACGUGGCUGUCAUGGUGGAGAUGAUCCACUUCCAGGACCUGUUCCCUAAAGGUCCUUACGUGGAGCUGGUGAACAUCCUCCUCAGCUGUGGAGAGGAGGUGAAGGAGGCGCUGACCCGGAGUGUGCGGCUACAGUGUGAGCAGAACUGGGGGGCUCUGUGCGACAGCUUGAGCCUCUGCUCUUCCGUUGCCACGCCUUCUGGUGGCGCCGCUAAUGACCACCAACGACGCGCUUUACCGUCUAACCCAGAGCCCGAGCCCCCGCGGCCCCCGCGGCACGGGGACAAAGGGAGUAAGACGGGCUUCGGCGCUCACCCCCGCAACCGCAGUCUGGGACCACGACGCCAGAGUCCAGAACCUGGAGUGGUGGCUGACCAGGAGGACCCAGGGGUCACCGACAUCCGGAGGUGAAAGUGCAGAGACUGUCUCCAUUUUGACCCCCCUCGACCCCCCCCCACCCCCUCAGCACCAUUUAAAACAAACACAUUCAUAGACUUAUGCACCUCUCUCUCUUUGUCUCUCUGUCUCUG